CUUCCGGUUGCUGGAACAAGCUGCCGGAAGAAGCUGCUCGUUCAAUGCGGAUCUCCGCGUGUCUGCCCAGCGCUACGUCCUGGCCGGCAGCGAGUGAACCCCAUGUCGUCCUCGCAGGCUCCAGAGGACCAGCAGGGCGGCGGCGAUCCCCCCGGGGACCUCCGCAGCGUCCUGGUUACCAGCGUGCUCAACCUCGAGCCGCUAGACGAGGAUCUGUUCAGAGGAAGGCAUUACUGGGUACCCACAACCCAGCGGCUGUUUGGGGGUCAGAUCGUGGGCCAGGCCUUGGUGGCUGCAGCCAAGUCUGUGAGUGAAGACGUCCACGUGCACUCUUUGCAUUGCUACUUUGUACGGACAGGGGACCCAAAGGUGCCGGUACUGUACCAGGUGGAGCGAACUCGAACAGGGACGAGCUUCUCUGUGCGCUCUGUGAAGGCCGUGCAGCAUGGCAAGCCCAUCUUUAUCUGCCAGGCCUCCUUCCAGCAGGCACAGCCCAGCCCCCUGCAGCACCAGUUCUCCAUGCCCGUUGUGCCCCCACCGGAAGAACUGCUUGACCAUGAGUUCCUCGUUGACCAGUAUUUAAGGGACCCCAACCUCCAAGAGAUGUACCGGGUGGGACUGAACCGAAUUGCUGCCAAGGAGGUGCCCAUUGAGAUCAAGCUGGUAAACCCACCGAUCCUGAGCCAGCUGCAGAGCAAGGAGCCCAAACAGAUGUUCUGGGUGCGAGCCCGGGGCCAUAUUGGGGAGGGCGACGUGAAGAUGCAUUGCUGUGUGGCUGCCUACAUCUCGGACUAUGCCUUCCUGGGCACAGCACUGCUGCCCCACCACUGGCAGUGUAACGUGCACUUCAUGGUCUCUUUGGACCACUCCAUGUGGUUCCACAACCCCUUCCGAGCUGACCACUGGAUGCUCUAUGAAUGCGAGAGCCCCUGGGCUGGUGAGUAUGGGGCCACCAGGACAAGGGUGCUGACGUUGGGGGGCAGGAAGCCUGCUUUCUGGGGUGAUGCUGCCCUCCGCCCCCAGCCUGUGGGGCACUGCACAUGUCACUUCCUCUCCUGCCUCCUCUAGGCUCUGGCAUUCUUCUCUUCAAAAGGACAGGGUGAGGCUUGAAACGGGACACCUGCUCAGCUUAAUAUCUGUAACAGGCAGAAGGUACUAGAGACCCGGUUCUAGUCCAGAACCACUUCAGAUUCUCUGUGUGAUCCUGGGCAAGUCCCAGCGCCUCUAUGAGCCUCAGUUUCCCCAUCUGAACAAAUAGGGUCCCACAAGCAGUGGUAUCUGAACCUGGUGGCCCAUCAGACUGCCACUUGGGGGAGCUUUUUCAAAAUAGGUUCUCAGAUUUUACCCUCAAGAUUCUGACUCAGCACGUCUUGGAUAAAAUCCAGGAAACUAUUUUUGAGAGGCUCCCUGAGCAAUAGUGCUGAUUAGCCAACCUGGUUGGGGUCAGGGCCUUCGGUCGUCUCUGAGGGCUCCACAACUUGGACACUGUUAGUGCGCAGAGAAGCCCAGACUCGUUCAUCAGUGCCUUGUCUCAGAGCCCUGGGCUCCUUUCUAGGGAACUACUUUUCAAAGGAAGAAAAGCCUCGCUUUGUAAAACAGGGACAAAACUUAAGGGAUUCUAUAUUCAGGGAAGGGGGUACUCUCCAGUACCAACAGUAUCACAAUACAGGAUCAACAGCCUUGCAGUUAGGACGCUUCGGUUCGGGUUUGGCCGGCUCCUUAUGGCCGAGUUCCUGAGCCUCCUGGGACUUUGCUGUCUUCAUCUGGAAAAUGGGUGAGGCUUGUUUCACUUGGCUACUAUGAGAACUCAGUGAGCUCUACUCUGUGUAGGGGAGACCAGCAGCUCCCUUCAGAACCUUCCAACUCAGGCCCAGGGUUAGCAGGGGAAUCUCUAAGCAGGGAAGGAGGGCUGGCCAGCCCUGAUGGCCCCAGGCCCUCCCAACACCCCCUUCUUCCUGCUAGUGGGGUGGGGGCAGUGUGGGAGUCUUUUUCAUGAACCACCCUGGAGGACCGGUUUCAUUUAUUACAAAGGGAAGUGACAGGUUUGCUACCACAAGUGGCCAGGGUGGGUGGCUCGACCCGGCCAAGCUACUGACCAAGACUGUCCUCAGAACUCCUCCCCUGUGAUCUUUUUGAGGAAGCCAGUGAAUAUGUGAAAGUGCUUCAAACUGUCAAGUGGGGUUCCCACAGGAGUUACCCCCAGGGACCAUCCAUAAUAGGCUCAUAAAGGGGCACCUAGAGAUUGGAAGAGGCCACAACACUCAGUGUGCCCUUGUAUGGGGCUGUCAGACCAGUUGCACCCUUUUCGAGCAGCACAUUAUGCUGGGCUGUGAAGGAGCGAGAAGGUCAUUCUCACCCUUCUCCUCACCCGCAGGUGGCUCCCGGGGGCUGGUCCAAGGGCGGCUGUGGCGUCGGGACGGCAUCCUGGCUGUGUCCUGUGCUCAAGAGGGCGUGA